UACUGACCGUUCCUGGUUGGACAACCGUCAACAAUUGCUGCUCAAUCAUUCCGCGAAACCCAUUGUUAUUGCACUCGGUUUGAAUUUUAAGAUCGUAUAUCGGCUUCGCUCAAUUUCUUCGGGAAACUGUGACACAAUUCGGAGAAAAGAUUUUUAUUUCCAGGAUCAUCUUUCGUUUCGGGAUUCCCACCUGAAUUCUGAAAUAGGAGAGACAUGGGUGGAAUGACUCAGAGAUCGUGGACUCCAACUAAACGCAGGGGUCCAAUUGCUGCUGAAUUUGGAAGUCCUGGACCAGCUUGCGUCACCCUUCCACCACUCAUAGGUAAAACUGUUCCAGAUUCAAAAAGAGGCAGAGCCCCUGCGUUUUCGUUCGGCAGCAGACAUGCACCGAAGAAUGAGAGCCCUGGCCCGGGUCCAGGUCAAUACAACGUAUCCGGACUCAAUGCAAAAGGUAAAGACAAAGCCCCAGCACUGUCUCUUCAUGGUCGUACCCAUAGUGACAAGAUUGAAAGUACCCCAGCACCUGGGGAUUACGAUCCACAGAAAGCCGAGAAAAUAAUUCAAGACAGCUCACCGAAGUACUCGUUCGGAAUAAAAACACAGGUUGAAAAAAUUAAUAGCACGCCAGCACCCGGUGAUUAUUGCGCUGAGAGCGUAAUCCUCGACAAAGCACCGCAAUACACGUUUGGCAUGCGACACCCUGGGGAAAGGCGUAGUGACACUCCGGCCCCUGGGUCUUACUACCCAGAAAGAUUUAAGUUGGGUAGAACUCCAGAAUUUACCUUUGGUCGUAGACUGUCUCUCGGUAAAAUCAGUGAUACUCCAGCCCCAGGAUCCUACUGCCCUGAGAAAGUUAAUCUGGAUCAUCAGCCACAGUACACUUUUGGUUUGAGAACUCCAUUCAAUAAGCCCAACGACACUCCAGCCCCUGGAACGUACUGUCCAGAGAGAGUUAAUUUGCAUAAAGGUCCAGAAUUUAGUUUGAGUGGAAAGGGACUGUCAGGGAAACCGAAUGACACACCAGCACCGGGUGCCUACAGUCCCGAGAAAAUAAAUCUAGAUCACCAGCCACAAUACUCCUUUGGCCUCAGAACACCUCUGGACAAACCCAGUGAUACUCCAGCUCCAGGCGCAUACUGUCCUGAAAAAGUUAAUUUACACAAGGGUCCAGAGUACAGUUUAAGUGGAAAAGGUCAUUCUCCAAAAUCAGAAGACACUCCAGCGCCUGGAGCGUACAGUCCAGAGAAAGUAGAUCUGGAUCAUCAUCCCCAGUACAGCUUUGGCUUGAGAACAUCUCUGGAAAAACCCAGUGACACUCCAGCUCCAGGAGCUUAUUGUCCAGAGAGAGUGAAUUUGCACAAGGGUCCGGAGUACAGUUUAAGUGGUAAAGGUCUUUCUCCAAAAGCGGAGGAGACUCCAGCCCCUGGAGCGUAUGCACCGGAAAAAAUUAAUCUACACCGAGGGCCUGAGUACAGUUUAAGUGGAAAGGGGCACUCUGAAAAAUUGAGUGACACACCAGCUCCAGGGGCCUACUGUCCUGAGAAAGUCAAUUUACACAAGGGACCAGAGUACAGUUUAAUUGGAAAAGGUCACUCUCCAAAAUCUGAAGACACUCCAGCACCUGGAGCGUACAGUCCCGAGAAAGUAGAUCUGGAUCAUCAUCCUCAGUACAGCUUCGGCUUGAGAACACCUCUGGAGAAACCCAGUGACACUCCAGCUCCAGGAGCUUAUUGUCCAGAGAGAGUGAAUUUGCACAAGGGUCCAGAAUACAGUCUAAGUGGAAAAGGUCUUUCUCCAAAAUCAGACGUGACUCCAGCUCCUGGAGCUUAUUUUCCAGAAAAAAUAAAUUUCCACAGAGGCCCUGAGUACAGUUUAAGUGGAAAAGGUCUCACAGAAAAACCGAAUGACACUCCAGCUCCAGGGGCUUACUGUCCCGAAAAGAUCAAUUUGCACAAGGGACCAGAGUACAGUUUAAGUGGAAAAGGUCACUCUCCAAAAUCAGAAGAUACUCCAGCACCUGGAGCGUACAGUCCCGAGAAAGUAGAUCUGGAUCACCAUCCCCAGUACACCUUCGGCUUGAGAACACCUCUGGAAAAACCCAGUGACACCCCAGCUCCAGGAGCCUAUUGUCCAGAAAAAAUAAAUUUGCACAGAGGUCCAGAGUACAGUUUAAGUGGAAAGGGUCACUCUCCAAAAUCAGACAACACACCAGCUCCAGGCACAUACAGCCCUGAAAAAGUGCAUUUGGAUCACCCGCCCCAGUACACUUUUGGCUUGAAAACACCUCUAGAAAAACCGAGUGACACCCCAGCCCCUGGAGCUUACUCUCCAGAAAAAAUAAAUUUACAGAAAGGUCCUGAGUAUUCCCUCAGUGGAAAAGGCCCUUCCGUGAAGCCCAAUGACACUCCAGGCCCGGGUGAAUACUACCCCGAGAAAAUAAAAAGUCUGGAUCAUAUGCCUUAUUACAGCUUUGGUAACAGAACUCGACUGAGUAAACAUAAAGAUACUCCAGCACCUGGUACAUACUCACCCGAAAAAUCCUGCACACAUCUCGAUGGUUCACCUAGGUACAGCUUUGGCGUAAAACACUCCCCCUAUCAGUCGAAUUCUUUUCCAGCUCCGGGUUCAUACUCUCCUGAAAAAUCCAAGAUCGACAGUUCACCUCAGUUCAGUUUCGGGAUGAAAACUCAAGUGGAAAAGCUCAGCGAUACGCCUGCUCCUGGAGUCUAUUCCCCUGAGAGGGUGAAUUUUAGCAGAGGACCUGAAUUCAGCUUGAGUGGCAAGCACAUUGUGGAUAAAUCUGCAGAUGUACCAGGACCGGGCCACUAUAGUCCAGAGAAUGCGAAAUUAAUCUGGGAAAAAGCCAUGCAAUUCACGUUCGGCUUGAAGCCACCCAUUAGCAAAGACGAGAGCACUCCAGCUCCAAAUGUCUAUACCAUCCCCUCAGCCCUCGGUGGUACCAAGGAAGGAAACAAAAAGACAGCACCUGCCUACUCGAUAUCAGGAAGACAAAAAGUAUUCACAGACGACAGAGUACUCGUCCCAGGACCCGGGGCUUACGAAUCCAUCAGAACUGAUAUCGUCAGGGAAAAGAGUGCGGCCUACAGUAUAAGCGGACGUUAUCAAAUUCCCAGUGAUCAGUCGAAGAUUCCAGCACCUGGGGCGUACUGUCCAGAAAAAGUGGUGCUGGAUAUUCCUCCAGCUCACACCUUCGGCAUCAGGCACUCCCAGUACAUCUGCAACCUGAAGGACACAGUGCCUUCAUACUGAUCGGACAACAAUGGCUUCCAUUCAUCGAUUUUACUUGUUUCUCUUCUAAAAUUUGACUGACCACG